CGAGGAGGCGGCAAGUUGCCGCCCUCUGAGGCGAGCGGCGCUCGUUGGCGACUCCCGGCAGCCUGCGCAGGGAGGAAUUACAUUUUCCAUUCAUCUAUAAUUUGGAAGCUACGUCAUAAAUAAAAUGAAGCCAUCAAAGAAUCAAUUGGCUACUAAUAAUGACACAUUGCCAAGUGCUUCAGAAGUAACUAAUAAGAAACGACAGCUUGAUUCACCUUCACCACAUCAACCAAAAGAAAAACCUAGUGAAAAAUUAGUACCUAACAAAACUGAACCAAUGGUCUUAAAAUCUGCUCCACCAACAAGUGAAUCCCUUGCACAAUAUGCUUUGCCUGUUCCAUCAAGUAAGACCAAGGAGUUCAUAAUGAAUGAUGAAAAGAUCAAGGCAGUUACCAAACAUCUGGAGAUGCUUGUUUCUACAUUGGAAGAAACCUAUGGACCUCGCACUAAAAAAGGAGAAGAACCAAUUGAGAAGUCUGAUAAUAAAGAAUUAAAUUUAUCUGUUGGGAAUGAUAUGAAUUUGUUCCUGCAGCGCUGUUCGCACUUGGCUACUCAGCUAGAAGAUGCAGUUAAAGAAGAGCAUAAUGUUUUGGACACACUUUUUAAGUGGUUCCAGCAACAGGUCAAUCAGAUGGAGGAGAUAAGUAAAGAUCAAACUCCUCUAGAAGAACUUCUAGCACCUGAUUCCACAGUCAAUUCAAAUAUCGCACAAGCAUUAAAACAUGAGCAAAAACUUGAAGAACUGAGAAAUCGUCUUAAACAGGUUUCUGAACCUAUGGAUACAGAAAAUCCACCAAAAUCACCAAUGUCAGUGAGAAGUUAUGAAGCUAUAGAGCAGCAAAUUCAGGAGGCUGCUAAUUUAGAGACUCAUCGAUUGGAUAUGAUGGUGAAAAUGCUUGAAAAACAGUCACAUAUGUUGGGGAAAGCUAUGAAAGAUCGAGAUUCAUUAGAGACUAAAUGCAAACAGAUGCAGGAUGACUUUGAAUUGUUAUCAGAGGAGAAACUGAUGCUGGAAAAUGAACUACAAAAUCUGAAGGGGACAGAGAAAACAAGGUCUACAGAUGACCCAACAAAGAAAGGUGUAAAAAUGGAGAAGAAAAAAGACAAAGGAAAAUAUGAGGAUUUGGAGGGGAAGAUGACUUCAACCAAACAAACUAAAAUGAAAGAUUUGCUUAAAGUCCAGAAAGAAGCAGUUGCUCUGGAAGUUGAAAAUAAAAUUCUCCAAGAAAAACUGAAACAAGCUUUACAGGAAGCUGAAAGAACUAAGAAUCAACUUGAGUAUCUCCGAAAUCAAGAGAAGUACAAGGUAUCAUUGGAAAAGGACACUACUAAAAUAAAAGUUAAAGAUGAAGAUACAAAAAAUAUACCCUUGAAGCAAGAAAAAAAAUCAGUAGUUUCAGUUACAGAUGAACAAAAGAUCAAUGAUAAAAUCCAAAAACAUCCACAGAUCUCAACCAUUCAAAGCAAAGAAUCAUUUGAAGAAAGACCCGAGGAGGAUCUCUGAAACACUUUGGAAGAGUCCCCCAAACCUUCAGAGAUGGAUGGAAGUAAAGAAGGGGAC